AUGUCGUUCUCUAACAGCAGCGGAGGAACACUCACUGUUCCCAGCCCAACACAUGUCCACCAUGUGGACGUGCUUGCCUCCUCUGUGAGGGGCCUGAGAAGGUCACUCUCCAGAUCGCCCUCCAAGUUCAGCCUGGCGCGCACCAACUCUCUUGAGAGCACCGAUAGCUCUCACAGCGGAUCCCACACACCAGUCCAGCAGCAAUCGCCAUGCCGACGAUACACACCAACACCAACACCACCUAGUAGCAGUGGCAGCAACAGUGGCAUCAGCGGCCUGCAGGACCAGCAACCCCUCAGCUUUACCCCAGCUGGCCUUCCUCCCUCCAUGCUGACCUCUACUACGCCCUUGAGCUCGCCCCCAAGCCUGGCCACGCCAUUCCGCCCCAGCGUCCGCCUCUCUCUGCGCUCUGCAAAGUCAUCCAAGGUGACGGGCAGCCCUUCGCGGCCAGUAACUCGACUUCGAACUUCGCCCAAGUCACCUCUCAAGCGCGCUCUGAACGCUACCUCUGACUCGGGAAAUUCUACUCCUUCUUGCCCCUCGUCUGCUUCAAGCUCCGAAAGCCCCGGCCAGGAAAACAACGGCCAGGUCAGCCCGCUGUCCAGAUCGAACUUUCAAAAAUCAUCACGCCACAGUUUCCAUCUUGACGGCACCGGUCACGCUCAGCAAGCGAGUAUUUUCAGGUCGAUCGAAGGCCAGGGUGAGUCGCAGGCAGUCCCGGGAUCAGGCGCACUGAAGCGCAGCGACGCCAUCAUGAAUCUCGACCAGGCCUCGCUUGGCAGCCCGGUCGCGAAGCGCCGCAGUUUGCACGGAAUUUCAAGUUUUGGCCAGACCACACCUGAUUUCAACAUUUUUGACAACAGCGCGAAUACCAACAACAGCAACAGCGGCACACCGGGCAAGACGAAUUUUGACAUUCACGACGAAGCCAACCGCGAGUACGAGCUCUUUGGAUCAUCCGGCUCUUCUUCAAACCGGGACCCUCUCCCUUCACCGACCCCGCCUCCCCAGGCCCCGCGCCGGACUGGAUCACUGCGCAAGUCCACCCUCCAGCAAAGACAACACGACCGGAGUUCUUGGGGACGUCGGUCAGGUGCAAACCACCUGGCACAGAUGAGCGGAGACUUUUCAACGCCCAACAGCAAGAACAGACCGCGCUUGUCAAUGGAUCAGUUCCUUCCCCCUCAAGCUCCCCGCGACAGCCCGUUCUCAUCGAACCCACCGUUGCCCAACCCUUCCGCUCACCCAAUUGAGCGCUCAUCACACCAGCCUCACCCGCUGUCUAAGACGCUGGUCACUUCAACAUCGGGAAACAGCCUGGAGGAGCAGAAUAACAGCAUGCCUCCUCCGUCGCUCUUCGAGAAGCCCCGCGCUCCCAUCAAUUUCGCAAAGUCGAUGCCUUAUGGCUCUUCUCGGCCCUCCUUCAUGCAAGAGGACAACAACGAGAAUGUCACUCCCUUCAAGGCGGCCAAGCCUUGGGCUGGAGCCUUCAUGUCUACGGGCCUUGUCUCUAAGGUCAACCGCAACCCCGAGGAGUUCGACAACAAGCUAACCAUGCCCGACACUCCCUGCAAGAAGCCCACCAACGGCUUUGCCACCUUCCCACCACCGCCUGGCAGUGUGAUGAAGAAGAACAACCGCUACUCGUUCGGUGGUAUGCCAUCAACCCCUUUCAACGCACCGGGAGCUCCAUCAUCUCGCAGCACAUUCGGCAACCCAGGAAAGGGCCUUGGCAUCUUCCAGCGCAUGGGAUCGCGCCAUGCCCGCCGAGGCAGUGUCUUGAGUUUGGACGAUGAUAAGAAAUUCUCCCUUGACACCAACUUCAACGUCGACCUCGCAACUGCUACUACUGACGCCCCCCCGACACCCACGAAGCAGGGUCUCACCCCUAGCUUGAGCAACCUGAGUGAGCAGAGCAUCGAGAGCCCCAGCGCUAAGAGAUCGCUGCCCUUUUCCGCCGUUCGGCCAAUGAUCUCUAGAGAAUCUACUGCUAGCCCAGUUGAACAGCGCUCUCCUCGAACCCCCUCUACGCACAUGGUCAUUCCUGACGCCAGCUGCCUCUCGAUUUCUAACCCACCUGAGCCGAGGAGCGUAGCUGCUCCAUCCACCCCCUCUGGACGCGAUUCCUUCCAGAGCACCACGACUCAGCUCAUGACCCCAGUCAAUGUCCGCGGCGGUGCUGAUGUUGAUGACUCUCUCUACUCUCGCUUCGACAAGGUUGAGAUGGUUGGCAAGGGUGAAUUCUCCUCCGUCUACCGGGUGGUGAAGUCUGGCUACUCUCGCGCUUCCUUCCUCUCCGUGUUUAGUGGAACACCCACGAAGAACUCUCGCGAAAGCCCUGAGCCCGACCGCAUCUACGCUGUCAAGAAGGCUCGCCGUCCGUUCACGGGGCCCAAGGAUCGCCUAGCCAAGCUGAGAGAGGUCCAAGCGCUUCAGGCCUUGACUCACGCUGACCAUGUGCUUCACUAUGUCGACAGCUGGGAGGCCAACCAGUACCUGUACAUCCAGACCGAGUUCUGUGAUGAGGGCACGCUGGACAAGUUCCUGAGCAAUGUCGGCCGCAAGGGCAGACUGGAUGAUUUCCGUAUCUGGAAGGUCAUCCAUGACAUUGGCCUGGGUCUGCAAAGCAUUCACGAGGCUGGGUUCAUUCACCUCGAUUUGAAGCCCGCUAACAUUCUCAUUACCUUUGAGGGCAUCCUCAAGAUUGGUGACUUCGGCCUGGCCACCGAGUGGCCUGCUGCUAAGGGCGUCGAUGCCGAGGGUGACAGAGAGUACAUCGGCCCCGAGAUCCUCCGUGGCGAAUUCAACAAACCCGCGGACAUCUUCUCUCUCGGACUCAUCACUAUCGAAAUGGCUGCGAACGUUGUCCUUCCUGACAAUGGCCCUACCUGGAUCGCCCUGCGUUCUGGUGACCUUUCGGAAGUCCCUAGCCUGACCUUCAGUGCCACCACCACGACUAGUGCUCAACGCGACGCGGCUGGAGUGCCGACCAUGCAGUCCUUCGAUGACCCCCUUCUGGCUCAAACCAGCGCUCCCGACAUCAGCCUUCACUCUGGAAUUGCCCCUACCAGAGUCAACGUCGUGAUGGAUGAUUCAAGCAGCCCCUUCAUCACCCGCAAGCGCACUGAGCUGAGGUCGCCCCCCGAUUUCAUGAGCGACCCUUUUCACCCCAGCUCACUCGACCAGAUUGUCCGUUGGAUGAUUCGACCUGAACCGAGUGAGCGACCUACUAUCCAGCAGCUGCUGUCGACUCCUGCGAUGACCUGGGUCGCGGAUCGUCGCAGAUCAGCUGCAACCGUCUUUGAGGGCGUGUGGGGACCUAGCGAGUCCACCUCACUUCCCACUCUGAUUGACGAAGCCUUGAUCGAUGAGACGAUCGAGGACGCCGUCAUUGACGAAGACACUGAAAUGAUGGACGUUUAA